AUGCCUCGCGUUCUUCGAAAAAAGAUUGUCAUUAUCGGUGACGGUGCCUGCGGAAAAACAAGCCUUUUAAUUGUUUAUCAAAAGGGCAAAUUUCCAGAGCAUUAUCUACCUACAGUAUUCGAAAAUUACAUUACACGGAUCGAGCUUAGUAAUUCCAAAUCGGUUGAACUUGCACUGUGGGACACAGCUGGUCAAGAAGAUUACGAUCGAUUACGACCUUUAUCUUAUUUUGAAACGGAUGUUGUGCUCAUAUGCUUUGCUGUUGAUAAUCCCAUAUCUUUCCAAAACGUCCGAGAUAAGUGGUUACCUGAAGUCAAGCAUUACUGUGGAGGAGAUGUUGCUCGGGUAUUAGUGGGUCUCAAGAUCGAUCUACGAGGGAAGGCAAGGAGUACAAUCAGCUAUGAGCAGGGUGCACAUCUUGCAAAAGAAAUCAAAGCAAAAUACUGCGAAUGCAGCGCCAAAACAAACCUAUAUGUGGAUUCUGUAGUUCGCACAGCUGCACAUGUAGCCAGUAAACCAAGGCUAUCCUUGAUAAAAAAAAGACGAAUGUGCCUUAUCCUUUAG